GGCGUUUCUGCCCAGUGCGCCCCGAGUCCGAGCCCGCGCCCGAGCCCGAGCCCGAGCCCGGGACUGGAAGCCCCUGUCCAUGGCCGAGUCCCCGCACCGCGCCGCGGGCCGGCGACUGCAGCUGCCUCUGCUGUGCCUCCUCCUCCAGGGCGCCACCGCCAUCCUCUUUGCGGUCUUCGUCCGCUACAACCACGAAACCGACGCCGCCCUCUGGCACUGGGGCAACCACAGUAACGCGGACAAUGAAUUUUACUUUCGCUACCCAAGUUUCCAGGACGUGCACGUCAUGGUGUUCGUGGGCUUCGGCUUCCUCAUGGCCUUCCUGCAGCGCUACGGCUUCAGCAGCCUGGGCUUCACCUUCCUCCUGGCCGCCUUCGCCCUGCAGUGGUCCACGCUCAUCCAGGGCUUCUUGCACGCCAGGCACGGGGGCCACAUAUGUGUUGGCGUGGAGAGCAUGAUCAACGCAGACUUCUGCGCGGGGGCUGUGCUCAUCUCCUUCGGCGCCGUCCUGGGCAAGGCCGGGCCGGCUCAGCUGCUGCUCCUGGCCCUGCUGGAGACCGUGCUGUUUGGCGUCAACGAGUUUGUGCUCCUCAGUCUCCUGGGGGUGAAGGACGCAGGAGGCUCCAUGACAAUCCACACGUUCGGGGCCUACUUCGGGCUGGUCCUCUCGCGGGUGCUCUACCGGCCGCAGCUAGAGAAGAGCAAGCACCGCCAGGGCUCCGUCUACCAUUCCGACCUCUUUGCCAUGAUCGGCACCAUCUUCCUGUGGGUCUUCUGGCCCAGCUUCAACUCUGCGCCCACCACGCUGGGGGACGGGCAGCACCGAACAGUCCUCCACACGUACUACUCCCUGACGGCAAGCACCCUCGGCACCUUUGCCUUGUCGGCCCUGGUCGGGGAGCACGGCCGGCUGGAUAUGGUCCACAUCCAGAACGCCGUGCUGGCCGGAGGGGUUGUGGUGGGGACAGCAGGUGAAAUGAUGCUGACGCCCUUUGGGGCCCUGGCAGCUGGCUUCCUGGCUGGGUCGGUCUCCACGCUGGGGUACAAGUUCUUCACGCCCAUUCUUGAGGCGAAAUUCAAAGUCCAAGACACAUGUGGUGUCCACAACCUCCAUGGGAUGCCUGGGGUCCUGGGAGCCCUCCUGGGGGUCCUCGUGGCUGGGCUGGCCACCCACGAAGCUUAUGGAGAAGGCCUGGACAGCGUGUUUCCGCUCAUAGCCGCGGGCCAGCGCACUGCCAGCUCCCAGGCCAUGCACCAACUCUUCGGGCUGUUGGUCACACUGAUGUUUGCUUCUGUGGGUGGGGGCCUCGGAGGGAUCCUGCUGAGGCUGCCCUUCCUGGACUCCCCUCCAGACUCCCAGUGCUACGAGGACCAGGUCUACUGGGAGGUGCCUGGGGAGCUUGAGGAUGAAGCCCAGGGCCCUCUGCGGGUGGAGGAGCCAGUCACCCAGGCCUAACCUGCUUCCGGGCCUCGAGAGAGGAUGCUCUCCUUUUAGAGGCUGGUGACCGGCUGCCGUAUGGAAGCUCUUUUCUAGCUCCUGUCCCUCCUGCUGCAAGACAGGCUGAGUGUCUGCGGCACUAGGGACAGGGCGGUGCAAGGUGGGGAAUGGGGGAGGCCGCACCUGGCAGAGGCCGGGGGACAACUCAGAGCACCCCCGCCCGCCACCCCUUGGCCUGUUUAGUGAGGCCCCCGACGCGGCAGAGUCACAGUGAAGUGUGUGCCAGGCUGGCAGUCAGGCGAUAAACACCAUCCGC